CAUAAAAGCUUCGUAUCAACAAAGUGAGCAAACAACUACAAAAAUUAGGCAACUUGUCCAGAGCCUUCAUCAAGUCAUAACAGCAACAACAACAACAACAGCAACGGCACAAGCACCAGCCAUGGCUCCACAAUGACGCAUAACCCACAGGACACCACGCCACCCAAGACUGGCGAGCUGCGUGAAGUAUCUACCAAGGUGGCGAGGUACGAAAAUCGAACUCGUGCACGUCAGUCAGGCACUACAGACGCACAAGUAAACGCUCCCUCAAACGGAAUGGCUCACUCGCACAACAGCAGAGCACCUACCUGCAUAGCAGCCCCAACGCAAACAGUGCGAGCAGGCAGGCAGGAGCAGGAGCAGCAACAGCAGCAGCAGCAGCAGCACCGUCAUCAUUGUCCGUUUCACUGGGCAUGCGAUGCGUGGUCUCACGUGGGGAUGGGAGGCAGGUGAGGAGACACAUACUGAGGGUAUAUGUAAGGGGUAAGAGCCGAAGAGCACAUGGGCAUGCACGCAUGCCUGCAUGCCUGUGUGCAUGUAUGUGUGCGUGAGUGACUUUUGCGCAAGUGCGUGUGUGCGUGCGUGUCCUGCAUCCAAGACAGAUGGAAGUAACAAAGAAGAGGAGCUAGAUAGGUAGGUAGGUAGGUAGCGUAGCGUAAGAACGAGUUCCGCCAAUCAAUCAAUCAAUCAAUCAAUCGACUCCCCCAUAGAAGAAGAAGAGGAGCAAUCAACAGCAAUAACAACCACACAAGGAAAAG